AUGCAUCCUAAACCACGUGGAAGACCGCCUAAAAGAAAAUAUGCCGGCAUAGGCCUAUCAUCAAAUAAAAAAUUCAUUCAGAAUAAUAAGAAACUAAAUAGCACAACCGCUAGUGCAUCAUCAAAUACGUAUAGAUCAGAUGCUAAAAGAGCAAGGUUAGGAUUGCCACCAUUAGAUGAAAAUGGUAAGCCAAUACCGGUGAAAAACGAUGAAUAUGUUUUACCUAUAGAUGAAGAAGGUGAAACUAAAAUUGAUUCUAAUGGCAAUUUAUUAGACGGAAGAGAGUUUAUCAUCAAAACAUUCCAAAUUUUACAAUCAAACACUGAUACUAAUGCCAUUAAGAAUGAGGCUGAUAAGGAUACACCUGCCAAUACCAUGACCGAACGAAAAUAUAUGAUUUCUACGGAAAUUGCUCGUACCAUUGGUUUUAGAGACUCUUAUUUAUUUUUCCAGUAUAAUCCCACAUUACACAAGGUUGUUUUAACGCAGGAACAAAAGAACGAUUUAAUUAGUAGAGGGAUGAUGCCUUAUUCUUAUAAGAGUAGAGUUAUUUCUGUGGUCACUGCUAGGAGUUGUUUUAGGGCAUUUGGGUCUAGAAUUAUUAAAAAUGGAAGGUUUGUUACUGAUGAUUAUUACGCUAAAAAAUUACGUGAGAGUGGGGAGGUUGUGGAAGGUGCUUAUGUCAAUGCCAAGUCAGGCCAAUAUAACACUGUUGGUAAGAAAAUACAUGCCAAUAGUAAAGGCAGAGGUGCUUCUAGUGGCUCUGCUGGUAAUGAUGGGCGACACAAUUCAAAUAAGAACGUACAUGGUGCCAUUAACAUUUCCUCAAGUGGUACGCUUACCAACAUAAACACGCCUAAUGCAGCUUCGAGCAAUGGUUCCAACUUUUUAAGUAGUUUGGCCGUUAAUAAUUUGAAUUUUAAAUUACAUCAAAAUAUGAAAAUGCACAGCUACUCAGGUGUAACUAAUGAAUUUGAACGAGCAAGAAAAACUUUUGAAUUUUUCGAUAAUAGACAGAAUUUUUUUAAUGACAAUACACAUCACCAUAGUUCUGAUUUGGAAGGUACUGCAGCUUUAGGUAAAAUGGAUCAAGAAAAUUGGAUGUAUCAACACGCGGUUGCUUGUUCUAGAUUUAAUUCAACAUUGUUAUAUGACAGGCAAAGAGUUUUACUUACGGAACAAAAGGGUUUAAGAGAUGUUUAUACCAACACUUUACACAUUCCGGCAGCAACCCAAUCUUGCAAAGUUAUAAAAAGAACGUACAGGAAUGAAAAAGGGAUUGUGAUUGAAACCAAGCUAACUGAUUCUGACAUCAAUAGGAGGAAGAUUGGACUAAAAGAUUUUCCAUUAAGUUUAUUUGAAAAUUGUGUUAGUGAUGAGAUUAAGAGACAGAUACUGAAACAAAGACAAUAUGAACUUGAAAAUUAA